AUGGCAUCUGAUGAUGAAGUAGAUGGAUCCUUUGCAGGUGACGAGGAUGUAGAGGAAGGUGAAGGUCAGAAUGAUAACUCAGGGGAGAGUGAUGAAGCUCCACCUAAAGAAGAUGAUGACUAUUCUCCUGAAGAUGGCAGAAAGAAAAAGAAAGGAAAGAAAAGAAAAGCCAGAGGAGAAGAAAAGAAGGGUAGGAAGAAAAAGAAGAAGCGCAAAAAUGAAAGUGAAGAAGAUGACGACUUCGGUCUGGAGAUCGAAGCAGAGGGCGACAGUGACUACGCGCUGAGCGCAGUGUCGUCCAGCAAGAAGUCGCGCAAGGGCCGCGGCAGCAAACACAACAUGUCAACUCCAGUUGCGUCUGACUCAGGCUCUGGAAUGCCCACAGUUGAAGAAGUAUGUUCUUCAUUUGGACUUACUGACGUAGACAUUCAGUAUUCUGAAGCUGAUCUCGAAAAUUUGACCAGUUACAAGCUGUUCCAGCAGCACGUUCGUCCGCUCAUCGUAAAGGAAAAUCCUAAGGUGCCAGUGUCAAAGCUGAUGAUGCUAGUGGCGGCCAAGUGGCGGCUGUUCUGCGAGACCAACCCGCACCUGGACGGCGGCGGUGGCGGCGGCGGGCAGCCGGGCUCGGAGGAGAACACCAACACGUCCACCGCCUCCGACUACGCGCCCAAGCGCCCGGCGCGCGCGCCCAGGGAGCCCAAGAUCGAGGACUCGAUAGAGGAGCCGGAGGAGGAGGAGGAGGAGGGCGGCAGCGACGAGGGCGCGCCGGCGCCGCGCAAGCGCGGGCGCAAGCCCAAGCAUGCGGGCGCGGCGCGCGGCAAGCCCGGCCGCAAGCCCAAGCUGCCUACGCUCAAGAUCAAGUUCAGCAAGCGCAAGCGCACCAGCAGCGAGGAAGAUCAGGAAGGCAGUGCAGGAGCAAACACAGACUCCGAUGCAGAAUUUGAACAGAUGCUAGCUGAAGCUGAGCCCAAACAAGCUACUAGUAAUACAGAUGAACCCACACCACCGAAAGAAGAAGAUCCCAAUGUACCUCAGCAGCCAAAAAAGAAGGCUAAAACAAAAAUUGGAAACAAGAGUAAGAAGAAGAAGAAAAUGCGGACAACAAACAAAUUCCCUGAUGGUGCUGAAGGGGAACAGGAACAUCAAGAUUAUUGUGAGGUUUGCCAACAAGGAGGCGAGAUUAUCCUCUGCGAUACUUGUCCAAGGGCCUACCAUUUGGUAUGCUUGGAUCCCGAUUUGGAAGAGACUCCAGAGGGAAGGUGGUCUUGUCCUCAUUGUGAGACUGAAGGCAACCAAGAGCAAGAAGAUGAUGAUGAGCAUCAGGAGUUCUGCAGGAUUUGUAAAGAUGGUGGGGAGUUGCUUUGUUGUGAUUCCUGUCCAUCUACUUACCAUCGCUUCUGCCUUAAUCCGCCCUUGGAGGAGGUGCCUGACGGAGUAUGGAAAUGUCCUCGAUGUAGUUGCCCACCAUUAGACGGCAAGGUGUCGAAGAUUUUGACGUGGCGAUGGAAAGAGCUACCGCCCAAAUCCAAGGCACCACGAACCAGGGAGUUCUUUGUAAAGUGGCACGAGCGAUCUUAUUGGCAUUGUAGUUGGAUCUCGGAAAUACAGUUGGAUGUGUUCCAUCCGCUGAUGUACCGUUAUUACAUGCGCAAAUCGGAUCCUGAAGAACCACCCAAAUUGGAGGAGCCGUUGGAAGAGCGCGAAGGUCGCAAGCAUCGCAAUAAGCACAAACAAAACCACCAAGAACAGGACUCUGAUGAGAAGAUGUUGGAAGAAAAAUAUUACAGAUAUGGCGUGAAACCAGAGUGGUUGAUUGUGCAUAGAGUAAUCAACCACAGGACGUCUCGCGACGGCACCACGUACUUCUUAGUGAAGUGGCGUGACUUGUCUUACGACCAAGCCACCUGGGAGUCUGAGCAUGAAGAUAUUGCUGGGCUAAAAGUUGCCAUGGAAUAUUAUCAGGAUAUGCGUGCCUUCAUUACAUCUGAAGGUAAAACUAAAGGAAGUAAGGGCAAGAAAGCGGGACGUAAGAGUAAGAACAAGGAUAAUAUUGACGACGACGAAAGCAGCAGUGGAUUGCAAAUUAAAGGCAAAAAAUAUAACCCUCCACCAGAUCGCCCCACAACCAAUCUCAAUAAGAAAUAUGAAGACCAACCACCAUUUGUAUACGAAACUGGAAUGCAGCUUCAUCCGUACCAGCUUGAAGGUCUCAACUGGUUGAGGUACUCAUGGGGACAAGGCAUCGAUACCAUCCUGGCCGACGAGAUGGGUCUCGGAAAAACUAUUCAAACUGUAACAUUCCUGUACUCACUGUUCAAAGAGGGCCACUGCAAAGGUCCGUUCUUGGUGUCUGUGCCGCUAUCAACAAUCAUUAAUUGGGAGAGAGAGUUUGAACUGUGGGCCCCAGAUUUAUAUUGCAUUACGUAUGUAGGUGAUAAAGAUUCCAGAGCUGUGAUCCGUGAGAAUGAGCUCACAUUUGAUGACGGCGGUAACAGAGGCGGGAGGCCGUCUAAGAUAAAAUCUCAAGUGAAAUUUAACGUUCUUCUAACAUCUUAUGAACUUAUAUCCAUUGAUUCUACUUGUCUUGGUUCAAUCGAAUGGGCUGUGCUUGUAGUAGAUGAAGCUCACAGGCUUAAAAGUAAUCAAUCCAAAUUCUUUAGGCUUCUGGCUGGCUACCAUAUUAAUUAUAAACUACUUUUGACUGGAACCCCUCUGCAAAAUAAUUUAGAAGAACUCUUCCAUUUGCUUAACUUCUUGAAUAAGGAUAAGUUUAACGACCUAGCUGCUUUCCAAAACGAGUUUGCGGAUGUUUCCAAAGAGGAGCAAGUAAAGAGGCUGCACGAAAUGCUGGGACCGCACAUGUUGCGACGUCUCAAAGCUGAUGUACUGAAAAACAUGCCGGCUAAAUCUGAGUUUAUCGUGCGUGUGGAAUUGUCGCCGAUGCAGAAGAAAUAUUACAAGUACAUCUUGACAAGGAAUUACGAGGCAUUGAAUCCAAAGAGUGGUGGUCAGACUGUGUCCUUACUCAAUGUUAUGAUGGAUUUGAAGAAGUGUUGCAACCACCCUUACUUGUUCCCCGUGGCUGCUGAGGAAGCGCCUCUCGGACCUCACGGAAAUUAUGACACUCAAGCGCUAAUUAAAGCAUCUGGUAAGCUUGUCCUCAUGUCCAAAAUGUUGAAACAACUAAAAGAGCAAGGCCACAGAGUGCUUAUUUUCUCUCAAAUGACAAAAAUGUUGGAUAUUCUCGAAGAUUUCUUAGAAGGUGAAGGCUAUAAGUAUGAGAGAAUCGAUGGUGGUAUCACUGGAACAAUCAGACAAGAAGCUAUCGAUAGGUUUAACGCACCGGGUGCGCAGCAGUUUGUGUUCCUGCUCUCAACAAGGGCUGGCGGUCUGGGUAUUAACUUAGCAACUGCUGAUACUGUAAUCAUCUAUGAUUCUGAUUGGAAUCCUCAUAACGAUAUUCAAGCGUUCUCGAGAGCCCAUCGUAUCGGGCAAGCCAACAAAGUCAUGAUUUACCGAUUCGUAACACGUAACAGUGUAGAGGAGAGAGUCACUCAAGUAGCAAAGAGAAAGAUGAUGUUGACUCACUUGGUGGUGCGUCCCGGUAUGGGCGGUAAAGGUGCUAAUUUUACUAAACAAGAAUUAGAUGACAUCUUACGAUUCGGUACUGAAGAACUUUUCAAAGAAGAGGAAGGUAAAGAAGAAGCUAUUCAUUAUGACGAUAGAGCCGUCGGAGAGCUACUCGAUCGAUCUAAGGAGGGUAUUGAACAAAAAGAAUCUUGGGCUAAUGAGUAUCUUAGCUCGUUUAAAGUGGCUAGCUAUUCUACCAAAGAAGGCGAUGGUGAGGAGGAAGUGGACACUGAGAUUAUUAAACAGGAAGCCGAAAAUACUGAUCCUGCUUACUGGAUAAAACUUCUGAGGCAUCAUUACGAACAGCAUCAAGAAGAUCAAGCUAGGACCCUCGGUAAGGGUAAACGAGUACGUAAACAAGUUAAUUAUAACGACGGUAGUGUUGCCCAAACUGAAAACAGAGAGGAUACAACUUGGCAAGAGAACGGAUCCGAUUAUAAUUCUGACUUCUCUCAGGGAAGCGAGGAUGACAAAGAAGAUGAUGACUUUGACGAAAAGAAUGACAACGGUGACCUUCUUAGUCGUCGUAGCAAGAGGCGCCUUGAGAGGCGUGAGGAGAGAGAUAGGCCCCUACCACCGCUACUUGCUCGCGUUGGUGGUAAUAUGGAGGUACUCGGGUUUAACGCUCGACAGAGAAAGUCAUUUCUCAAUGCUAUCAUGCGAUACGGUAUGCCGCCACAGGAUGCGUUCAACUCGCAGUGGCUAGUGAGGGAUCUUAGAGGAAAGUCCGAACGUAACUUCAAAGCCUACGUAUCUCUGUUCAUGCGGCAUUUGUGCGAGCCGGGUGCGGAUAAUGCUGAAACAUUUGCUGAUGGCGUACCCAGAGAAGGGUUAUCGAGACAACACGUAUUGACGAGGAUCGGCGUCAUGAGUCUUAUUAGGAAGAAAGUGCAGGAAUUUGAACAUAUCAAUGGAUAUUACAGCAUGCCGGAACUUAUUCGUAAACCAGUUGAACCAGUGAAGAUCGCGGGCGCUGAAAGUGCCGCGCCGAGCCCAGCUCCUUCGACUGCGACUCCCAUUACCUCCGCCGCGCCCUCGCCUGCCCCCACUCAAGUGACACCAGCUCCCGGACAAGCACCAACCCCUCCUGGUGGCUCUGAAAAGGAUGAAAAGGAGGAACCAAAGGACGAGAAAUCUGACUCUAAAGAUAGUAAAGAUAAAGAUGAACCAAUGGAUACCAGUGAGAUUAAAGAAGAAAAAGAAAAGGAUGACAAGGAUUUAUCAAAGGAUAUUAAAGAGGAGGUGAAAGAAGAAAGACGCAUGUCAGUUGACGAGGAGCCUAAGGAGGAGGAGAAGUCUGAAAAAAAAGAAGAAGACAAAGAGGAGAAAGUUAAGGAAGAGGCCAAAGAAGACGAUAAGAAAGAGGACGUGAAGAGUGAUAAGGCUGAAUCCGAGGGUUCAGAGAAGCCGAAGGAUGAGAAGAAGGAGGAAGAUGACGAUGAUGUAGUGCUAGUUAAAGAGGAGGAGGAUCUCAAGGUGGAGCGGCGUAAGUUUAUGUUCAACAUCGCGGACGGCGGGUUCACGGAGCUGCACACGCUGUGGCUGAACGAGGAGCGCGCGGCGGCGCCCGGCCGCGAGUACGAGAUCUGGCACCGGCGGCACGACUACUGGCUGCUGGCCGGCAUCGUCACGCACGGCUACGGCCGCUGGCAGGACAUACAGAACGACCUGCGCUUCGCCAUCAUCAACGAGCCCUUCAAGAUGGACGUCGGCAAGGGCAACUUCCUUGAAAUCAAGAAUAAGUUUUUGGCCAGGAGGUUUAAGCUGCUGGAGCAGGCGCUGGUGAUCGAGGAGCAGCUGCGGCGCGCGGCGUACCUCAACCUGACGCAGGACCCGAACCACCCCGCCAUGUCGCUGAACGCGCGCUUCGCCGAGGUGGAGUGCCUCGCCGAGUCGCACCAGCACCUCAGCAAGGAGUCGCUCGCCGGCAACAAGCCCGCCAACGCCGUGCUGCACAAGGUGCUGAACCAGCUGGAGGAGCUGCUGUCGGACAUGAAGUCGGACGUGUCGCGGCUGCCGGCCACGCUGGCGCGCAUCCCGCCGGUGGCGCAGCGCCUGCAGAUGUCGGAGCGCUCCAUCCUGUCGCGCCUCGCCGCCACCGCCGGCAACCCCGUGCCCUCCGCGCAAAUGGCGCAGUUCCCCGCCGGGUUCGGCGCGGGCGGCGCGCUGCCGGGCUUCUCGCCAGCCGCCGCCGCCGCCAACUUCACCAACUUCCGCCCGCAGUACUCCGUGCCCGGCCAGCCCGCCACGCCCUCCUCCAAUAAAUCA